AUGUCUUCGCCCGUGUCGCCCGCACCCCCAACACCUCACAUGACUACGCCUCGCCGACCGUCUCACCCAGCGACCUCUCCGCUCCAACAAACCAGCACCUUCCCGCAACCGCCCACUCUCCGAAGAGCUUCCAGCAACAUGAGCCUCGGACAGCGACCAACCCCUUCACCCAAGCUGGUCCGCAAAAGCUCGAGACAGUCAAUGACCGGUCAGACUGAGGAGUCGGAGAAGCGGCCGACACCGAAGCGAUCCAUCUCCAACCUCAUUGCGAAUCUUAGGGAGGCGCAAGCGACGAUGGAGUCGAUCGAUGAGCCCGUCCCGCUCACCGCCGCCCAGCUAGCCACCGCCCACUUCACGCAAGAGCUCUUGGCGCACACUCAACCUGAUGUCCAUGCGGAAACGGUGGUGAUCUUACACGACGCAUGCUACGCCCACCGAUACUCCCGCCUGAAAGCGACAAAGUCCACAUUAUCGAUGAUCGUAGAGCGGCCGGAGCGCAUCCAUGCGAGCGUAUUGGGUGCGUCGGCAGCGUAUGUGAGGCUCGGCGAGCAUUAUGCGGGAGCACGAAACGCACCACACCCGCACCGACAGCAAGCAUCUCCACCACCCUUCAAAAUCAGGCGAACGACGCGCUCCGUUGACAUUGGCAGCACGUAUGUAACGAACGUGCACGGCACGGCAUGGAUGUCGGAGCUGCGGGAACUGUGCAACGCGGCAGGCGAUCGACUGGCAACGGGCGCGAAGGAGCUGGAACGAGCUGCCACCCCAAACGGUCAGGACAAGCGCAAGCUCCACGAAGGGGACCUCUACCUCGCUCCCGAGUCGUUAGAUGCAUUUCAGGGCGCACUGGGAGGUGUGGCAGAUGCCGUCGACGCUGUCUUCGAACCCGCAACGCCGACCAAGCGUGCUUUCGUCGCCAUUCGUCCGCCGGGUCAUCACUGUUCCGCCGACUACCCUUCUGGAUUCUGCUGGCUCAAUAACGUGCAUGUCGGCAUCGAAUAUGCGGCGCAGACGCACGGCCUCACUCAUGCCGCAAUCUUGGACUUCGACUUGCAUCACGGCGACGGCAGCCAAGCCAUCACCUGGGAGCGCAACAGCAAGAACAAUCAGAAACGUUUGUAUCCCAAACCCAACAGCAAAGCCAGACUAGGUCCGGAUAUCGGGUACUACAGCUUGCAUGAUAUAAAUAGCUACCCCUGCGAGAUGGGCGAUGAUGACAAAGUCCAAGCAGCCAGUUUGUGCAUUGAGAACGCGCAUGGGCAGAGCAUCUGGAAUGUGCAUUUACAGGAGUGGAAGACGGAGGAGGAGUUUUGGAGAUUGUAUGAAGGCCGGUAUCGUAUGUUGCUUGAGAAAGCGAGGGAUUUCUUGCGCCAUCACACCCUGCGGCUACACGGAGAAGGCAGAGUACCACCGAAAGCGACGGUGUUCAUCAGUGCAGGAUUCGACGCAAGUGAGUGGGAAGGGGCGGGUAUGCAGAGGCACAAGGUCAACGUGCCCAGCGAGUUCUAUGCGCGCUUCACACGUGAUGUCGUGGAGCUUGCACAGGAAGAAGGCACGAGCUGUGAGGGGAGGGUGAUCAGUGUGCUAGAAGGCGGCUACAGCGAUCGAGCGCUCUGCAGCGGCGUACUGAGCCAUCUCUCCGGCCUCUGCGCCUCCCCACCCCUACCCACCCACGGCAUGAACACGAAGGACAGCGCAAGCCUGGACGAGAUGAUGAACGGCCUGCGCAUUCACGGCCAAACAUCAUCCUCCCCAACCACCCUCUCCUACGACAAAACCUGGUGGUCCCCUGCCAACCUAACCGCCCUAGAACUCAAAAUCAACCCACCCCUACCUCCUCUUCAACCCAAACGAGUCCGCACAGGCCCCCAACCAACCUACGCCACACCCACCGAAUCCUUCGCCUACAAAGUCGUCGACCCGAAUAAAUUCGCCCGCUCAAUCUCCGGCACCAUGCGCGAAAUGCCGCCGCCUCCGCCUCGACCACGCACCCCGCCGCCUCCGGAGGUUGAUUGGGUCGUUGCGACGCAGGAGUUAAGUCGACUGCUCAUACCUACUGAUCGACGAACGAGGAGUUGGACGGCGGAGGAAUUGGGGGCAGGGAGGACGAAGAAGGAACGGCAGAGCGCUGCGCCUGUGCUUGAGGGUACGGGUGCGAGUGCGAGUGUGGACGAUGCUGUUGGGAAGCCGCGGCAGUUGCGGGAGAGGAAGGGGAAGGUUUUGGGUGCGGGUGCGGGUGCGUAUGUGGAGAGUGCGUAUAGUGAUGGGGUGGAGAGUGUGAGGAGUGUUAGUCGGGGUAGCAGUAGUCGGAGGCAGACGAUGCAUGAGCUGCCGUUGACCACGAACGGCGGGGUUAACGAAGAGCAGCAGCCACUGGUGCGAAGGGUGAGUAGACGGCUCAGUGGCGGGAGUGCGUUGAGUGGCGUGUCGGACGGUUUGGUGAGUAUUGACGCCGAUCCGCCGCCCAUUCCUGCUGUACCUGUCCCCACUUUCGCGCCAGCGGCAAUGACAAACGGAAACAUGAGACCACCAGCUGUCCCCGCUCUGACAGGAAAUGGUGGCGCAAUGCAAGUCAAGAAAACGCGGGCGCCGCCCGCUGCAGCGAAGCCGAAGAAGCCAGCCGGGCAAGCACAGCACGUACCUGUGCCGACGAGCGCCCCGGAGCCGUCCCCGGCCGCAAAUGGCGGCACUGUGGUUAAUGACUUACACGAGCUGACAUCCGGCCUGAAGCGUAUCUCGCUCAAAGUCGGCUCGCGCGAGGAGCAUGACCGGAAGCUGAAGGAGAAGGAGCGAGAUGUGGCGGCUGCUGCGGCUGCGGAGCGCAGUGCGAGGGCCAAAAGGGCGGCGGAGACGAGGAGGGUGAAUGCGGCGGCUAGGAAGGCUGCG